UCUGACAGAAUCAUUUUGUCCGGUGUGUUUAAACGUUUGGGAAAUCUUGUUUGACCAAGAGUUGCUACAGAAAUGCUUACUUUAAGUCAGUUAUGAACCGAAAACGGGCCCUUAUAUCAGACACGUUUAAAGUGAACAAACGAAGAGUUGGCAAUGAGAAGCAGUUUGGAGCUGUCAAGAAUGGAGAAGCUGGACCACUGGACGUUAAAGCCACCCUGCAGGACCUUAUGACAUUAUUCCCACGCAAACUCUUCAAUGACGCCCUUCCACAAAUUGUCCUAAAACACCAACUCUACAGCAUACACAAUGAUAGGACCCAAGUGGACAGGCAGCUUAGUGACUUGAGGGAACAGGGGGAGCUGUUGAUGUUCCAGCUGGGCUUUGACGCCGAGGCCUUUGGGUUGGUGUUCGCUGCAGACUACAAGGCUAAAGUCCUGGCUGGGGAGGAGGGGAGAGUGACACGGGGCACAGUGGAUAAAUUCCUGGAGAAAGUGCUGCCCUCCUGCAAUGACCUGAGCUUCAACAAAGACAAAAUGCUGAAGGAGUUUCUCUUCACAGACUCAGAGAUAACGCAACUGGUGAAGUCGGGGGUUCUGACUGUGAGGGACGCUGGCAGCUGGUGGCUCUCCAUCCCCAACUCUGGCAGAUUCACCAAGUACCUAAUACAGGGUCGUAAAGCUGUGCUGGGCAUGGUUAAGAAGUCCAAAUAUAAUGAAGUCUUAAAGGCAGAACUGGAGGAGAGGCAGACCAACUCACAGGUUAAAUUCCAGAUCAAGUACCACGUCCAUGACAUCAUUGGUGCAGAGCUAGUAGAAUGUAUACCCACAACUUCAGGAACAUUGUUACGGUGUGUGGACUACUGAACUCAACUGACUGAAUGGAUACAACAACCUGUUUCAUGGAAGAAACCCUUAAAGCAACUGAACAUGACGAGAGGCCAUGUUACACCAAAUGAAUCUGGUUAAUCAUUUGUUAUUGCCUUGUUUUUCUGGAUUUUUUUUCUGCCAAAUAGGUAAACCCAAAGUGAAACCUUGUAGGUUGAAAUGCCAAUGGUGUAAAAUAAAGCCUUGUCUGGUUUGUAAA